GCAUGCGUUGGAUUUCUUGCCAAAAAGCUGGAGCAUAGAACGGAAGGCCGGAGUAAAUUUUCAGAUUUGAAGAAAAAAAAAAAAAACUAAAAGUACUAUUUUGCAAUUUUUCUUCUGUUAAAUCCCAGAGUGAAAAUUAUUAUUUUUCUAAACGGCCACAACGCUUAAAUAUUACAACGACAAACUAACAGAAUAAACAAGCAAAUCCACAAGUAGAAAUAACAACACCGAAAAACUUCAUCAAAUAAAAAAAAAAGCAAAAGAAAGAAAAAAAAAUCCAAGGAAAGCCCUAAAAUGUUUAAUAAUAAAAAGGAACUUUUAGUAAUUGACCCACCUAAUGAAUUACGAUUCCGUGGGCCUUUUACGAAACCAGUUAUUACUGUUCUGAAACUGUCUAAUCCAACAGAAGAAACAGUACUUUUCAAAAUCAAAACAACAGCUCCAAAAAAAUAUUGUGUUCGUCCAAACUUUGGCCAUGUUAUGCCACACUCCAAUAUUAAAGUGGAAAUCUGCUUACAAGCAUUUGUUUACGAUCCAAAUGAAAAGAACAAACAUAAGUUCAUGGUUCAAAGCUUGGUCGUCCCGGAAGGUGUUGAGGAUUUUGGCAAACUGUGGAAAGAAGUUGAACCUGAGAACUUGAUGGACGCUAAGUUAAAGUGUGUAUUUGAAAUGCCAGCAGAGGCAUCAGAAGCUGAUACUUCAGCUCCGAAAGAGGUGGUGACUAAUGAAGCUUCACCAAUUCCAGUAGGCGAAGAGAAGCAAAAUGAUUCGUAUCAGACAGAACAGCUUUUAACAGAAAUAAGGCAACUCAAAAACGAAGGAAGCGAGUUAAGGGAAGAAAAUCUUACCCUUAAGAAUCAGCUUAUGCGCAUAAAGUACACAACGUCGCAGCAAAGAAUGGAUGAACCAUAUUCACCGACGGUGGAUAAACAAAUUCCAAUGUUUUACAUAGCGCUCUCCAUUGUAACAGCAAUCUUUGGCAUAUUUCUGGGCAAAUACUUGCUCUGAAUCAAUGGAUUAAAAAUUUUGUUAUUAUCGAUGAGUAAAAAUAAUUAAAACAAAAGAAAAAAAAAAAAAAACUACAAAAAAAUCAUUAAUACCUAUCAAAAAAAAUAUAAAAGUAAAUAAAUGCCUAAAAAAAAAAUAUAAUUUUUAGACAAACACAACAGCAACAACAAAUCAAUUGAAAACAGAGACGGAUACAAAAAUAAAUUAUAAAUCAACUGAAUUUAAAAACCAUCUAUUUAGAUCAUAAUUCAAAAAUACAUGAAAUCCAGUGAUUGAGUUCAUCAUAAAACAAUAACUUAAAAAAAAAAAAAAACAAAAAAAAAAAAAAUAAAUAACAAACAAACAAAUGCAUACACACCAUGCUAUGAAGAUUUCACGUAUAGCUAAUUAUUUCUUAAAAUCACAGAAAACGAUUAAUAAAUGUAUGGAUGGGUGGCAUAAAUGACAGGAGGUGAUGGGAAGCGUUUUUAUUUUCUUUCUUCGAAAAUGUCUUCAUAUAAUGAUGGUUUAUAAUUUUUUUGUUUUUUU